CAGAGAUUAGGGACUUGUAUUUCUCUUUCAAUCAGUAUCUGCCGUCUUGCGGUUUGGGAACAUUGCGAUGUGUGAUGAAACCAUCUGGAGCCUUUGGUGAACGCAAGCUUGAGCAACACUGAAACAAGGCUUUCUGCUGCCCUCCCUCCUCUGCCUCUCCACCUAACCACCCCCCCUCCCUCCUCCCUCCUCCCUCCAACGCCACUUCCCCUCAGUCCCUCUUGCUCUACACAUACACACCACGAACACCCUCUGGGAGCUUGUCUAUCAAAGGAGUCUCCCCCUUGCUUGAUGUUUGGAGCCUUUAGGUUUGCCCGAGACCAGAGAGCUUCCUCUUGAGAGUGUCCUGAAUGGAGGCUGUCGCCAAAUACGAGUUCACUGGGGCUGGAGAGGAUGAGUUGAGCUUCAGGAAGGACGACAUCCUUAAGGUGCUGAGCACUGAGGACGACUGGUACAAAGCUGAGAUCCAUGGAGAAGAGGGAUUUGUGCCGAAGAACUACAUUGAAAUCAACUUCCCCAGCUGGUACCACGCUGGGAUCGCACGGAAUGAAGCGGAGUGCAUUCUUUUGGAGCAAGAUGUCGGAGCGUUUCUCAUCAGGGCCAGUCAGAGUGCCAAGAACGAGUUCUCCAUCUCGGUCAGGCACCAGGACGACGUCCAACAUUUUAAGGUCCUGCGAGAUGGCAAGGGUCACUACUUCCUGUGGUCGGAGAAGUUUGAGUCCCUGAAUAAACUGGUGGAAUAUUACAAAGUCAGCUCCAUCUCCAAGACCACGCAGAUCUACCUGAGGGACGGGAAGAAGGAAACAAAGGGAGGCCACAUCCCCCUUGAGCCGCGGACGGCGGGCGCACGGAUGCAGGACUACCGAAACCCUGAAUCCCAAAUGCCGGAUCCACGGAUGCCGGGCUCCCGAAUGUUAGCCCCCCGAAUGAUGGAUUCUGGAAUUCCCGAUUCCCGAAUGUCAGAUUCCCGAAAGCUGGAUUCCCGAAUGCUGGAUUACCGAAUGCCGGAUUCCCGAAUGCCGGAUUCCCGAAUGCCGGAUUCCCGAAUCCCGGAUUCCCGAAUCCCGGAACCCCGAAUGCCGGAUUCCCGAAUGCCGGAUUCCCGAAUGCCGGAUCCCCGAAUCCCGGAACCCCGAAUGCUGGUUCCCCGGAUGAUGGAUUUGGGAAUGCCGGAUUUGGGAAUGCCAGAUUCCCGCAUGGCGAACCCGAGAAUGCCGGACCCUCGGCCGGAUUCCCGGAUUCUAAACCCUCGCCUGGCGGAUUCCCGGACGCCGAUCCCUCGGAUUCUGGAAUCCCGGGCUUCCGGUUGCCGGAUGCCGAGCCCUCGGAUGCUGGAAUCCAGGGCUCCGGAUUGCCGGGUGCCAGAGCCGCGGAUGCCGGAACCGCGGAUGCCGGCCUCGCUGGGUCUCGGCGGCCAUUCCAAUGAGGCCUCCAUCCGGAGAGGAGGCAUGCCACAGCCGUCCUUCGGUGAAGGUUCGCCUCGGUUCCGGCAGUCCUGUAGCCCGCAGCCGCCUUUCCAGGAGGGUCCACCGGUGGCCAGGAAGGUCAGCGACUGUCCACCCAUGCAGAAGGCCAGGCGUGUACGCGCCAUGUUCGAUUUCGCAGCCGAGGCUGACGACGAGCUGGAGUUCAAGUGUGGCGAGAUUAUCGAGGUGCUGGACACCACGGACCCCUCGUGGUGGAAGGGCAGCCUGCGGGGGCAGGUCGGCCUCUUCCCCAGUAACUACGUGUCGUCCAUCAACCAGUGACGUUCCGCCUGCCUCCGUCCGGAGCGUCGGCCUUUCCUCUCCCUUCCCGCAAAACAGCGGUCAAUAAACUAUUUGCCUUCUC